AUGUCUUACAGUGUGACCCUGACCGGGCCUGGGCCCUGGGGCUUCCGCCUGCAAGGGGGCAAGGAUUUCAAUAUGCCCCUUACUAUCUCCCGGAUCACCCCAGGAAGCAAGGCGGCCCAGUCCCAGCUCAGCCAAGGAGACCUUGUGGUAGCCAUUGACGGUGUCAACACAGACACUAUGACCCACCUGGAGGCCCAGAACAAGAUCAAGUCUGCCAGCUACAACUUGAGUCUCACUCUGCAAAAGUCAAAGCGUCCCAUCACCAUCUCCACAUCAGCGCCUCCAAUCCAGUCCCCUCUGCCAGUGAUCCCUCAUCAGAAGGUGGUAGCCAACUCUCCUGCCAAUGCUGACUACCAGGAACGUUUCAACCCCAGUGCCUUGAAGGACUCAGCCCUGUCCACCCACAAGCCCAUUGAGGUGAAGGGACUGGGUGGCAAGGCCACCAUCAUCCAUGCGCAGUACAACACACCCAUCAGCAUGUACUCCCAGGAUGCCAUCAUGGAUGCCAUCGCCGGGCAGGCCCAGGCUCAAGGCAGUGACUUCAGUGGGGCAUCGCCGCUGGCGAGCCUUCCUGUGAAGGACCUGGCGGUGGACAGCGCCUCUCCUGUAUACCAGGCUGUGAUCAAGAACCAGAGCAAGCCGGAAGACGAGGCUGAUGAGUGGGCUCGCCGGUCCUCAAACCUGCAGUCUCGCUCCUUCCGUAUCCUGGCCCAGAUGACGGGGACGGAAUUCAUGCAAGACCCGGAUGAAGAAGCUCUGCGCAGGUCAAGCACCCCCAUUGAGCAUGCUCCGGUGUGCACCAGCCAGGCCGCCACCCCACUGCUGCCCGCUUCUGCCCAGCCGCCUGCUGCUGCCUCUGCCAGUGCAGCCUCGCCACCCCUGGCUGCAGGUGCUGCCCAUGCUGCCACCGCCUCUGCUACAGCCCCUGCCUCAAGCCCUAUGGAUAGUCCAAGGCCGGGCUCUGCCUACAGCUCUUCAGCGGCUGCCUCUCCAGCACCAGCUUCUCAUACAAGCUACAGCGAAGGUCCAGCUGCACCUGCACCCAAGCCCCGGGUUGUCACCACUGCCAGCAUCCGGCCUUCUGUCUACCAGCCAGUGCCUGCAUCUACCUACAGCCCUGCCCCGGGGGCCAAUUACAGUCCAACUCCCUACACCCCUUCCCCUGCCCCUGCCUAUACCCCCUCUCCUGGCCCCACCUACACCCCUUCACCUGCUCCCACCUAUUCUCCCUCCCCUGCACCAGCCUAUACCCCCUCACCUGCUCCAAACUAUAACCCUGCACCCUCAGCGGCCUACAGUGGGGGUCCUGCAGAGUCUGCCAGCCGUCCCCCCUGGGUGACCGAUGACAGCUUCUCUCAGAAGUUUGCCCCCAGCAAGAGCACCACCUCCAUCAGCAAGCAGACCCUGCCCCGGGGGGCUCCAGCCUACACCCAGAUGGGUCCCCAGGUGACCCCCCCUGCCAGAGGGACUGUCCAGAGAGCAGAGCGAUUCCCAGCCAGCAGCCGGACUCCGCUCUGUGGCCACUGCAACAACGUCAUCCGGGGUCCUUUUCUGGUAGCCAUGGGCCGUUCCUGGCACCCAGAGGAGUUCAACUGUGCCUACUGCAAGACCUCCCUGGCAGAUGUGUGCUUUGUGGAAGAGCAGAACAAUGUUUACUGUGAGCGGUGUUAUGAGCAGUUCUUUGCCCCACUCUGUGCCAAGUGCAACACCAAAAUCAUGGGGGUAAACUACAUCAAUCUCUUCAGCACCAAGUGCCAUGGUUGCGAUUUCCCGGUAGAGGCUGGUGACAAGUUUAUUGAAGCCCUGGGGCAUACCUGGCAUGACACCUGCUUCAUUUGUGCGGUCUGCCAUGUGAAUCUGGAGGGACAGCCAUUCUACUCUAAGAAGGAUAAACCCCUGUGCAAGAAGCAUGCGCAUGCCAUCAAUGUGUAA